AUGGUUGCGAAGAAGAAUGAAUUGAUAACAAGACAAGAGGAAUUGGAAUUAUCAGUGAAAGUAUUAGAAGAAAAUAGUUUACGGUGGAAAUCGAGUCAGCAGUUGUUCGAUCAAAUACAAAUCGAUUUGAAAUGUACCGCACACGAACGAGAUUUGGCUAUUGUUGAGAAAAAACAAUUGGAAAAUGGAAUCCGAAUCAAUCGAGACAAGCUUUCGAAAUUAGAAGCAAAUACACAUCAAGACUCAACCAUUGCUCGUUUCAUAAAUGAAAACAACGAAAUUCGUCAAUGUUUGGAAAGCGCCAAUGAAGUAUUGAAAACAAAAGAUUUACUCAUCAGUGAACUUCAAAAAAAUUUUCAAUCAUCAAAUAGUACAAGGGUAGAGAAGCAAUUGCUGAAAAACAUUCUUCUGUCGUACUUUCAAACACCGAUUGAUAAGCAACAAGAAGUAAUUCCGAUCCUAAGUGCACUCGUAGAAUUUACUCAGGAUGAAUACGACAAAGCAAUGAAUGCGAUAUCGAAUAAUUAUGCUAAUAGUACUAGUUCCGGUUGGUUAAGUAGUUGGCUUGGUGGUGGAUAUCCUGUUCGAACAAAACCUUCAUCGAGUACUCAGCCUGAUAAGUCAUUUGCUGAAUUACUGAUUCAAUAUGUUGAUCAACAAUCGCCAACCACAUUCAAUCCCGAUGUAUCCAACGCGAAGAGCUCUACGAAUGAGCAGUCUAAUACAGAACAGAAUACGAGCCCUUCUACCCAAUCAUCAGCGAUAAAUACUGACAAACUUUUAACAAUUUGA